AUGGAUGACGUUCUCACCGGAGGACGGACGUAUCAGGAAGUUAUGAUAUUACAACAACAGCUAUACGAGCUUCUGAAACAAGGGCAAUUUUGGCUCCGAAAGUGGCGCUCAAAUGAGUCAAGCUUUCUGCAACAUCUAGCGGAUUGUGAGACUGGCGAGCUGUUCACGAUUGAUAAGGACGCAGUUAAAACGUUGGGACUACUUUGGGAUUCAUCGCGAGAUAGGCUACUAUACGAAACGGAUUUACCUAGGCAGAAGCACUUCACGAAGAGGACCGUAUUGGCACGGAUAUCGCAAAUUUUUGAUCCAUUAGGCCUGGUUGGGCCAAUAUUAAUAACGGGCAAAAUCUUCAUGCAAAGGUUAUGGACCGAGGACUUGCAGUGGGAUCAGACGCUUCCCCACCAUUGUUUGACUGCCUGGGACGAUUAUGGGGAGGCUUUGCUUAAACUCAAUACGUUGCAGAUACCUCGAAACGCUAAUCACAAUAACAGUUCGAGCCAAUUUGAUUUGUUUGACUUCGGAGAUGCUUCCCAGAGUGCCCUGGGAGCAUGUUUAUAUGUCGUUUAUUCAGAUGAAGAUGGUGACUUACAUUCACACAUUCUCUGUGCUAAGUCCAGAGUGGCACCAUUGAAGACCCUUUCGUUACCACGAUUGGAGCUGGAAGCAGCCCUGCUCUUAUCACAAUUGUAUGCCACUGUUAAGGCAGCCCUGGUUGGAAGAAUUCGGCAAAUUCACUUGUGGAGUGACAGUACGAUCGUACUCGGUUGGCUCAAGAUGGAACCGCAUACACUCAAGACCUUCGUGGCCAAUAGAGUGGCUAAGAUUCAAGAAUUGACGGAGGAGGCGACUUGGGCACAUGUGCCUUCCGACGAGAAUCCUGCGGAUCUACUGUCCCGGGGGACUACAGUCGCGGACUUGCGUACUAACGCUCUCUGGUGGAACGGACCCCCUUGGAUCAGGGAGGGCGAUCAACAACCCAAGCGCAUGCAGGUACCGGAAACAAAUCUACCAGAGAUAAAGACAUCUGCAGUGGCUCUGAUAACCACGCAGUCUGUUGUGAACUCAUUGUUGCACAGAUACUCAUCGUUCAGCAAGCUAUGCAGAAUCAUUGCAUACUGUCGCAGGUUUUUCACCAGAUGCAAAGGAGACAAAUCGACGGAUAUUAACAAAGGAAACGCUCAAUCCUUAGAUAUCGGCGAGAUAAGCAAGGCAAAAACGAUAGUGCUUAGGUAG